AUGGGUGAGCCAAGUGCAGCGAGUCCCUUUCAAGACGGAACAUAUGCUUUCAAGUCCCUAACUGCUGCGAAGCCUGACUGCAAGGAAACAGUUGAUUACUGGAAGGCAGCCUACAAAAACUUCACUGGCCUUCCCCCACCAAAGACUGAAAGUGAAACACUCUACAAAGAUCAAGACAACGUUUCUUUUGUAGCCCUCUACAACCCUUCAUACAGUGCCACUGCAGACUGCCGAGUCGUCACUUGCACUCAAACGACUACUCCUGCUACAGAUGAUGAAGCAAAUUAUGCAGCAGGCGGCAACACAAAAAAUGGCUACGCGUUGAUUUGCAAGACGAUGCCUGCUGCUUUUGAAAGUGACGGCUCUGCUUUAUUCACGCAGGAGCAGUGGGACAGGAUCGUAUCUUCUCUCACCGGCUCCGCAUCGAUAGCAGUUCCAAGCUUUGUUGCUCUUGCCAUUGUGGCAUUCGGCGUCACGACUUUAUUGUGA